AUGUCGUUUAACUUCAAGUGGCCGACAUUCUCGGAAGAGUUCCACGAGAGUGCCGCCCAGAUGCUCAAUAGCGCGCUCAACCGUGGGCCCAAACCAAAAGUCAUCGCCGACGACAUCCUCGUCGAGGAAUUGGGAAUGGGCACCAUUCCGCCCGAACUCGAAAUCCUCGAGAUUGGCGACCUUGGUACCGAUCGCUUCCGUGGCAUCUUCCGACUAACGUAUGCAGGCGACGCGCAUCUCGUUCUAAAGACCAAAGUGCAGGCCAACCCACUCUCAAAACCUAACCGUCCCGACAUUGGCCUCUUUCCCUCAUCCAACGCUUCGAGAGGCAUCCUUUUUGCUGCGGCGCCGCUUAUCGUACCUAUGCACUUGCGACUUUCCUCGGUCAAGCUUCGUGCUAUCGUAGUCCUGGUCGUUUCCAAGGCAAAGGGCAUCACGCUCGUCUUUAAAAACGAUCCACUCGAGAGCGUAGAAGUCAGCUCCACUUUCGACAGUGUCGCCGUCAUUCAAAAAUACCUUCAGCAAGAGAUCGAGGGUCAGCUCCGCGAGAUGUUCAGAGAGGAUCUUCCGGGCAUCAUUCACAGGCUCAGCCAAAAGUGGCUCAGUGGCGAGGUCAAGUCGGAAAAGGAUACGACCAAGGACAAACAGAGGGCACAAGCAGCCGAUGGACAAGCUUCACGACCCAAUGAGCCUACACUGGCCCGCUCCAACAGCGAGCCUUUAGCUGUCCUCGAGACUGCAUCCACACCUGGGGGUACACCGCGACGCAACAGAAGCAAGAAGCACGCCAAGGCGGGUGGGAGCGUUGCUGGCUCGAACGUCUCGCCCAGCCGAUCGCCUCAAAAGCCUCGCUCAAGCAUGCGACGUCCUCGCCACGUCGCAAAAGCUGCAUCUACAUCCGCUGUCUUGCUUCACAGCGAUCUUCCCGCCACGCACACGUCACCAUUCGAUGCCGCUUUCCCCGAGAUCGAAAACUACGACCCAACCUACGGCUUGCGUCCUGACGAUCUGCCCACCCACAGCGGAUUCUCUGGUCUUGGUCGUUUGGCCCAACGUGGCCUCGGCGGCCUCAAAGAUUUGACCGCCUCUCCCACGCCGGAUCGCGCCCCAGAGAGGCACGACAUCGAUCUUGAUGGAGCUGAUGUGUUCGAAGACUUGGGACAGCGUUUCAAUGAACCAGCGACGGAGGCUGGUCAGGAGGAAGACGAAGACAGCUGCUCGCAGCUCGGUGACCGCACCCAGGAUGAUGUAAUGACCGAUUCGGACCUGGAAGCAGCCUCGGACGACGGUGGCGACGACGUCUCCGACCUCGACGUGCAAGAAGAAUCUGGUCUCGUCGAUGCCUCCAUCGACUACACUCGCUUUGGCUAUCCACCCGCGUCAGCCGCCUUCUCCGACACCCACGAGCUGAACCGGGCCUCCUCCAUCAUCUUCGAUGACGAGCCUCAGUUGUCUACAAAGCGCAGCAAGCGUGGCUCCGUCUCCGGGCGGUCGACUGCCGGCGCUGGAAGGCCCUCCUUCAGCCGCUCCGAGAGAUCCGCUGGCACAUCUUCACAACGGAGGAAACCCGAGCCCGAGGUGGUGUACGAGACGAUUCCUGCUGUGGGUGGAGGGACGGUAACACGCCCACGCGUCUAUCACAUUGCAAGCAAGGUGCAGCCACCCGAGGUGGAUUGGGAUGACGAAGAUACUGCGAGGCCUUCUCAGUACGGUGGCACACCAUCGACAAGAACGGGGGCAACACGAUUUGGCUCCGAUUACGGCAGCGCCACCAUGGGAGCUCAGAGCUCACGCACCAACACGGUUAGAGGCAUCCCCGACUCGCCGCACCUCGAAGCUGCGUUCGUUUCGCGUGACAGCAGCGAAGAUAGCUUGGUGGACCUGCCGCCCGAGUCUUAUCAUAGCAGCGAUGCAUCUCUUCAGCAUGCUCUCGACGCUGCCCACUCAUCUGCGUCGGCUUCGAGUUCCAGAAGAGGUGCAACCAAUGCCCGUCCCGCUUUGACGAGCCGCGAAUCGUCGUAUCGCGAUCUGUCCAGCCAGGACCUGCACUGGGACCACAGUGCUGCCAGUACCGCGCCGACCUCGUCUCAAUCGCAGAACUGGGACAUGCACAGCAGGUACGAUGCUGCUGUCCGAACCGCCAAUGUGAACAGGGGCUCCGACGCCCAGUCCAACUCGGGCCUCACCUUCCGCAAGAACAAGAGCGCCAAUCACCAGCGCUCUCAGACGAUGGGCGGUGGCAGCGGCAUGCCUCGACGUCGUGGCGAGGGUCCCGGUCUGUCUGCCACCCCAGCUCGAAGCCGUGACUCAUCUGCGGCGCGUCCUGGUUUCAUCACGUAUGCCACGUCUCCGCCUGGUGAUUCGUCGUCGUGGCAGCGGAGUCCACCUCUGCGUGCUUCGUCAGAUCGGCACGCCGCCUUCUCAACUUCGCCGGGUGGAGCGCAAGAUAUGCUCUCCACUUCGCCGUUCCGCGACUCGAGCUUGCAUCACGGCAGUCCACGAGGCGCAUCGCACAUCGCAGGGGCGUUCGCGAGCGCAAGCAACAGUCCACAGACGGUCGGGCAAGCCAGAGGCGCGCAAGGCUCGGGCCUCGCGCCCACUCAUUUGUCGAUCGAUGCCUCGGCGCACUUUUUGGAUCUGGUGAAGUCGAAUCAUACCUUGAGUCCCUUCACGCGCAACAUGGAGCAUUUCACGGUGCGCAGUGCGCCAGUGACGCCUGGUUGGCAGACCGCGUCGGGCAGCGCAAGUGCAGUGGGAAGCAGUGCUGCGAGUGGGACGGGCACCACCAGUGGAAGCUCUCAGACUGGCGCGAAGGCCAAGCAUGGCCAAGGCGCUGCCAACUCGCAGAAGCCGUCUGGCGGCAGUUCUACUGUCUCGGAGCAGAGAACGCAACGUGAUACAGACUCUGCUGGCCCGUCCUCUUCGUUGCCAGCUCGCAGACGACGCACCUUCCAGCUCGGAUCGUCGAGUUCGCCUGAGGACACCACAGCGUCUCGGUCCAGCAAAGCGGCGGCGACGGAGGAUCGUGAGGGCCCAAUCCCCACCAGCGGUGUCGUUGGCCAGGGGGACUACGGAUUCUCGCGCUACGCCGGAUCGGGCCCCAGACCGUUCCAGGCGCCUGGAUCGUCGGCUUCGUCUGUCACGGAUUCGUCCUCCAAAGGCCUACGAUCGGGGAUCAAAAAUUUGCGCAGGAGAAGCAGACCCGAUUCCAUGGGUCCGCCUUCGGAAGCUGCACGACUGAGUUCGCUGAGGUGGGAGGCGAUUCACGAGUAG